UAACACCGCGUAUCAUGUGACGUCGCCGAAGAAUGCAAGUUUAGUAAGAAAUCAAAGCCGCAGCGGAAGAAUUUACAAGUUUUUAUUGAAAACUGCACCCAUGCAAGUUUGUUGAGCUCCUUAGCGUCGAGUUCAACGAUGUCCCCUACGUGUUUUUGUAGCUUUACGUGUUUUUUUAAGCGCUAGACGGGCAGUUUGCUGUCAUUUCAUUUAACCUGGGCUGGUUUGUAAACAUGGAGCGGACAAGCAGCGUCAACGCAGAUCUUCCGCACAGCCCGGACUCCGGACACAGUCGCUGGGCACCUUGGCGCAACUGGAUUGGAUUCUGGGUCCUCGGAUUGUGCAACAACUUCGGUUAUGUGGUUAUGCUGAGUGCUGCUCAUGACAUCCUGAAAACACAAGAGUCAGGAAACGGCACAGCAUCUACUUCAGCAACGCUCACGGUGGCCGUCCAUGGCAACAGUAGCAACAGCAGUAGCUAUGACUGCAACCCUGUCUCUACUGCGGCUGUGCUGUUAGCCGACAUCCUCCCAACGCUCGUCAUCAAGCUCCUCGCUCCCUUUUUUAUCCACAAAGUGCCUUAUGGUUUCAGGGUGCUGCUCUGUGUCGCCCUGGCUCUGGCGAGUUUCGUCCUUGUGUCCUUGUCCUCGGCCGUCUGGCUGAGUAUUUUCGGAGUGAUUUUUGCCAGUGCGAGCGCAGGACUCGGAGAGCUGUCCUUCCUCUCUCUCAGCGUCUUCUUCAGCAGAGAUGUACUGGAGGGUUGGGGCUCAGGCACUGGUGGCGCUGGUGUUGCCGGAGCGCUGGUCUAUGCAGGCCUUAUCCAAGCCGGCAUAUCAGCCCGGGUUACACUUCUUAUCAUGCUGGUCAUCCCCGUGGCCAUGAUGAUUAGCUACUUUUUCCUGCUAGUUCCUCCACCUUCAUUACCUCAGUGGAAGAGGGACGAGACGGGGUACACAGCUUUGGGCUCGGAGGAGACUCGGAGGAUCAUCGACGGUUCAGACGAGGAGGAGCAGGAGAACACGGCGGGCCAUAUUCUCUUCCCAUUCAAUGUAACAGAGGUCAGGUCCACGGGACCUCUCACGUGUGCAGAAAGACUGCAUAUCAUCAAAGGCUUGCUGAGGUUUGUGUUUCCCCUGGGGCUCGUCUACUUUGCUGAGUACUUCAUCAACCAGGGUUUGAUGGAGCUCCUGUUUUUCCGCAACUUUUACCUGUCCCACGCAGAACAGUACCGCUGGUACCAGACUCUGUACCAGGUUGGCGUGUUGAUAUCUCGGUCGUCCCUGCGCUGUGUGAAGAUUAAGAAGCUGUGGAUUCUCGCUUUGCUACAGGUAGCGAAUGCUGUGUUUCUCCUGUUCGCCGUACGCUACCAGUUCCUGCCCAAUGUUUGGAUUGUGUUUGUUAUCAUCCUCUAUGAGGGUCUGCUGGGCGGAGCUGCGUACGUCAACACUUUCUACUCGAUCAGCAAAGAGACUGAAGACAGACACAGAGAGUUCGCCAUGGCUGCUGCCAGCGUGGGAGACAGUCUGGGCAUAGCUCUGGCUGGAGCUGUGUCUUUCCCCGUCCACAGGUACUUCUGUUCCCUCUGAACGAGCCCACGCGCCGCCAGCAGGACGAAUACCCAUUGCUGACUGUUGGCAUCAAAGAGGGGAUGGAUCUGCGGAUUAAAAAUCACCUCUUACUGAUUUAUGACGUCUCAAAAAUUGAUUACACACAGGCAACGUGUAUUUGCUUGUGCGAACUGCUGUGAAAAAUAUCCCCGUGGCUGCUUCGUUGGAAACCCCUUCCUGUGGCUCAGCGUGACAGCGAGCCAGGACAUGUGAACAGAAGUAUAAUAAUAACAUUUAUUUUAAAGAUUGGUUUUAUUUGUAACUGAAAGAACAAUUGAAGAAUAACACUUACUGUAUCUUUAUCUUGUCAUGAAGUUUUCUAAAAAGGUCCUUUUGAUAACUGGCAAAGUAGGAGCUGACAGUGGACAGCAACACUAGAGCUGAUUAAACCCUAACUCUAACCCUGGAGGUGUCGUGGGCCUAACUUAAAGGCAGGGUAUGUAAAAUCUGUGCUGCCCCACGUCCUCCCGGUGAACGCUCUUAAACCCAGGCUCUUUUUCGGAGUGAAAACAGGUCAAAUAAGGUGUUUUUUCGUUGAUCAGACCGGUACAGAAUGUGGCUUCAACACUAACACCUUCCAGUGGCUGUGUCAGCAUGGAGAAGUCCACCGUUGAGCCUUCGCUAGUAACAGGAUGUGAAUGCACAUCGACUUACGUAGAGUAACCGAUAGGAACAACCAAGACAGCGACACUCCGUAAAAUAGCCUGUGAUUGGUGGAAAAACACUGUCUGAAGCCUUUGGACAAAAUGACAGCAAAAAUAAAUGGCAUGCCCUGCCUUUAAUGAAACAUCUGUGUUUAGCCUGAGAUCUUGGCACAAGGGAUUAUAACAUCUUAUCCUCUGUAUUUAGGAAAGCUGUUAUUUUCCUGACAAUGCAAGUGUUUGUCAACCGUGGGUUAUGGUAACGUGUAAUUAUAAGAUACAAGAAUAUUUAUAUGCUGAUGUCAUGGGAUAUUUCAUCUCUGUUAUAUCAUCAUUUUAGUUCCCUCAGUCUUGGGACAUAACCAAAGAGCCCAUCAUCUGAUUGCUGACACUAUUACAGCAUCUACUCUCUAAAGGAUAGUAACAUGACUAGGGUGCCUUACUGUGGUUAGAACAUGUUUAAAUCAGGUUAUUGCUAAACUAACUGAUGUUUAUUGUUACUUUUGUUAAGCUUUUUAAUCAGUAGGUACACCUGUGACCAAAAAAGUACUAAAUUGUAAGUUUCUACCACUUUUAUGAUGCAGAUUAACUUUAUAUUUUAGAUAAUUUAGCAGUAUCGAAUACAAGACAAACCCCAGAGCAUUAAUUACAAAUUGUUUCUAAUGUAUGUAUAUAAAAAAAAUCUUAAAUAGCACCAGUGAAAAGGUUUCAUAAGAACUUUCACUUUUUUUUUUUUUUUUUUGCACAAGUUGCUCUUUUUUAAAGUAAAAGCUUGGUUUUAAAUGGUUUUUUUUUCAUGUUGUACAAGCCUUAAAGAUACAAACACAUUUAAUUUCCUUGUGUACUUGGACCAUGUCCCCUGUUUUUCUCCCAUAUGUGUCUUGAACAUGAACUAAUGUGCACAUUCCUACUGAAAAUUAAACCACCAUGUUUUGCUAUGUCUGGUUUUGUCAUAACUUUGUUACAACUUAUUAGAGUUUUUAAAGUCUGCGCUUGCUUUGUUAUAGUUUUUAUUAAAUAAAUAAAAGAUGUUUACCAUUUAUUUACAAGGGCAAGAUGCAAUGCUAUAACUGAAUUGUCCCCGGCUGUAAAAUAAAACUUGAUGUACAUGUUGA